UAGGGUUAUGUUGAUCGCAGGUGUAUUGAGGUUAUGUUGAAUCAUUUUGACGGUAAUCAAUUUUCUUGUUUGAGGGCGGAUUUGCAUAGAAAAGUAUGAUAUUUUAUGGUUUUUGGGAUUCUUUGGCAUUAAUUUGAGAAUUGAGUGUAGUGUGUGAGUAAUUUAAGCAGUGAUGCCGCCCAUCCUGCAUAUCCUGGUUGUGGGAUUCCACCACAAGAAGGGCUGUCAAGUGGAAUUCUCUCAUCCGCCCCUCAUUGAGGGGACCACAGGGAAGAAUGAAUGCCCCAGUGGGUGGAAGUACCUGCCCACACUUGCCCUACCAGAUGGAUCGCACAAUUUUACCGAUGACACCGUCUUCUUCAAUUUACCCAGCCUGACGGACCCCAAGGAGAGCGUCUACGGCGUCUCGUGCUACCGUCAAAUUCCAGCUGAACGUCUCAAGAUUAAGACAGCCGACGUGACACGGAGUACCGUUCAGAAGGCCGUCUGUGCUCUAAUGUCCUACCCAAUCUAUGGCUACGUCGAGGUGAAGCUCUCCCUGAUAGCACAAUGUUUCUUCGAUCAGGGAGAUUUCAGUUCCGUGGACAUCCUGGUUAAUGUUUACGAGCAACUCAAUGCUUGUCUCACACAUGAAAACCUCACCGGGACGUCAUCACCUGAGCGCUACUACGGCGUUGGGCUCAAUCUGCGAGAAAUUAUCCUCAAGUGGCGCCACAAAAUCCUCCUAAUCUUCAAAAUGAUGCUCCUGCAGAGAAAAGUGAUAAUUUUCGGAUCUCCAGUGCGGCCCAUUUGUAACUUAAUUAUCGCUGUGGCAUCCCUUCAUCCGCAUCAACUAACCAAAGGUUUCCGUGAAGUAGCUUGCAUUAAGACUUCACGUCCAAUGUCACCACUUCCGGAAUUUCCGCCAUCUCCCAGCUCCCCGGAAAGUCACGACAAGGAGUCGUCUCAGGAAGUGAAAGAGGUGAAAGAGGGGGAAGUAGAGGAGGAAGUUCCACCAGCUACCAAUGCGUCACAUCUUCCGGAGGAGAAUGAGGGAAGAGCGGAGGAAGAGACUAAUCAGAAUUGUGAAGACAAUCGCAGCAUGCAACGAGACACAAGUGGUGACACCUUGUUCACAAUCCUCACAUCAUUGAGUUCUUUUGACCCCGGACGAUGGGGUGCCCCUUUGGAGCUCUUCAUGGAGGGUCAUCUAGUACUGCCGUACCUCUCUCUGCCCUAUAUGGAUCUCCUUUCCGAUCCAUCGGUGUGUGGCUUCACAAUUGGCGCCUCAAACAUCCUCUUCCAGCAGAAACGGCAACUAGCUGAUGUUCUCAUUGAUGUGGAAACCACAACGAUCGACGUGGCCAGUGUGGAGUUGAGGAAGCAGCUGCAGCUCAGCACGGAAGAUCUUCGUUUCGCAGACUACAUCAUCAGGAAUGUGUUGUCACCCAAAGAAGCCGCCGAGGGGAGUGAGCAGUGGAUUAAGGCUCAAUUUCAGGGCUACAUGUUGGCACUGUUGCGUGCUUCACAACUCCCGGAUGGCACGAAGGAGUUGGAUCAUUUCAAUGCCACCUUCAUGGCGGCCUGGAGAAAAACGCACAACUGGUUGGUGUGGCACGAGAAGAGCCCCCUUACGGGGCAGGAGCCACCCCUGGCCAUCCUCCCGAACAUUCACCCAUUUGCCGGAAGUCUCUCCGUCACGGAUAUGAAGCUCAAACUUGCGCACACAAUUCAGAGCACUGAGAGUGGGCGGAAGCUUAAUCAGGCCGUGAAUACCACAUCCAAGGCUGUCGGUGGGGCACUAAUGCAGGCCAAGGGAGCCUUCAGUACGUGGUGGUCAACAAUUACAACGCCCCCACCGCAGUCAGCGACAAAAUCUCAGGAUGCACCACCGCCUAGAUUUGAUCGCAGUUCCCCGGAAAAGCCCACAGAGGAGACACAGAGCAACAAAAGUGAAGAAGAUGGUACGCCCGCGGGGAAGGUAGAAGUGGCCAAGGAGGCAGAACUCAUUGACUACACACGAGAUGUGGGGGACAUCUUCACCAUUUAAUCUCCUUAAUUUAUCUGCGGGAGGGAGCUUUUGCAAUGAUCUCAAAAGGACAGGAUUCUCUGGUUGAAAUGCUGCUGCUGCGCAACUCUCCGAUUUCAACCAAUUUUCUUUAUUUUCCACAACAACAAAACAAUGAAAAUAAAGCCAAGUGGUCAAUUGGAAAAUCUCUUCUACCACAAGAUGAUUCAGUUUUUUUUUCCAAAAAAAAACAAAGAUUGUAUAUUUUUUUGCCUCUUUUGUGAUGCUUGAGAAAUGAAAUGAAAAAACGUUCUUCUCUAACACGCGCGCCAUUCCUCUUAGCUGGUAUUAAAUAUUAAAUUAAAAAAAUAUACAUAUAUUAAGUCAAAAGUAAAAAAAAAAAAUAAAUAAAUUAUUGAAAA